AUGGCAAACAAUAAUGGCUUCAGCCAUCCCCACGCCUCCUAUAGCAUCCCAAUGUCCUGUGCCCCAGCACAGAAAAUAAUUAUUCCUGCAUGCAGCUUUGCAAGCAAGCCACCCUCACUUUCUGACCUGAUGGCAGACAGUCCAGUUUCUCCCUGUAAGAGUUUGUGUCCCCCAGGUCUCCCCAGAAACUGUAUUUCAGAGAAAUUUGGAGAUUGUCUCCCUUCAGGUUUAAGAAAGCAAUGCCUGCUGCCAGCCUGGUUCAUGUGCAUCUCCAUACCUCAACUUUUCAGCGCUUGUGCACUGAAUGCUCUUUUAUCUUCCCUUCUAGUUGUAGAACUUUCACUCAGCCAGCUUUUUUGUGGUUUGGGUGAUAGACGUUUUCUCUUUUAG